AAUCAUCUAAUUAUUAUAAAACUUCUCAAAACAUAAAAAAGCUGAGAAUUUUUUUUUUAUAUAAAUCCCAAAAAUCUUAGCUUAAUUUUCUAAAGAGUUUAACACUUAUUAAGAGUGAUUUAAUUCCAUGUCUAGUAGAUCAAAAUUAAGGCAGCCUAUGAAAGUUGUGCAUAUAAAGACACAAUAUGUGGAAACUGAUGCUUGUAGUUUCAAGUCUGUGGUUCAAGAUCUCACUGGGAAGGACUCCACCAUAGCUUACGCUCCUUCAACUUCACGGGUUAUGAAAGUAAGUAAAGAGAAAAUUAGUGCUCGGCCUCAAUCGAGGCUAGCACGUACGAGUCAUGGCCUUCAGACGACGUCUGAGGGCCAUUUCAUGCUUGAUUGUUGUGAGGGAAACAACCUUCAAGAUUAUAUGGGUCGAGGUGGUGGUGGUGGUGGUGGGAGUUAUUCAUUUUUGUCUAGGAAUUUGUCUUACAAAGAGAUGGAUAGGUUGUUGAAAGAAAUGCCUCCUUUGGAUGAUUUGCAUAAAGUUUUAUCUUUUGAUUAGUACAAAUGAAUUACUUGUCUAAGGUAGGAAAAAUGGAGAAGAUAUUGUUAUAUGAUUAAAAUGGCGAAUAUAUUGUUUCGUGUAGCUAACAUGGCCUAACACGACUAUAGUUAUUUAGUGGCAAGGGAUCAACACAUUGGAAGGGAAAAAAAAAUUGUAAAAGCAAUGUUAUAUGGUUCAAAAUGGUGAAAAUGUUGUUUCGUCUACACUAUGUAGCUAGUAAAUCUUUAGUGUAUAGAUAACUUUUGUUUUAUUAAUUAUUUUGAUUUAUUUUUUGUCAAAAAAAAAAUAUAUUUUGAUUUUUUAGUUGUUC